AAGUUAUUUGUAUUGAUUGUUUUUCCAGUAAUUCCUAUUGGUUUUCGCGCUAUUGAUUUCAACCUCCGCUUUUUGCGCACGCGUACAAAAUCGUUUUGAUUGCUGUAUGUCACAGAGUUGAACGUGUCUGCGGCAGAUUUUGGGCAAAAUGUUAAAUAGUGAAGUAAUGUGGGUUGCGGCUGAACUAAUUAGACAUUUCUAGUUUAAAUAGCCAACUUUAAAUCAGUUUCAUUAAUAAUACUGAAAAACAAUUUGUUUUGGAUUCAUGAAACUUCAACAAGUUCAGUGAAGAUUUAAUAGCAAUGUCUUCGGUCAAGGUCGCGGUACGCGUCAGACCCUUCAACAGUAGAGAAAUUUUACGAGAAUGUAAAUGCAUUAUCGAAAUGGGGGGUAACACCACCACAAUCUACAAUCCUAAAGCUCCACCAGGUACCAAGGAAGCACUGAAAAGUUUUAAUUUCGACUAUUCGUACUGGUCUCAUAAUGAGGACGACCCUCAGUUCUCCUCCCAGCUUAUCGUAUACAGGGACAUAGGAGAAGAAAUGCUCCAGCAUGCAUUCGAUGGUUAUAAUGUAUGCAUUUUCGCGUACGGACAGACUGGCGCGGGAAAAUCAUACACGAUGAUGGGUAAACAGGAGGAGGGUCAAGAGGGCAUAAUUCCCCAGAUUUGCCAGGACCUCUUCAACAAGAUUCGCCACGACGGUGGCGACGACGUCAAAUAUUCCGUCGAGGUCAGCUACAUGGAGAUAUAUUGCGAACGGGUCAGAGACCUUCUCAACCCCAAAAAUAAGGGCAACCUGAGGGUUCGCGAACAUCCUUUACUCGGUCCUUAUGUCGAGGACUUGAGCAAAUUGGCUGUUACUAGUUUUCAGGAUAUUCAUGAUUUGAUAGACGAAGGGAACAAGGCGAGAACUGUAGCGGCCACUAAUAUGAACGAAACCAGUUCCAGGUCGCAUGCAGUAUUCACCAUUUUCUUUACACAACAAAGAUAUGAUAGCACAACUAAUCUAUCGACAGAAAAGGUUUCAAAAAUAUCGUUAGUUGAUUUAGCAGGAAGUGAAAGGGCGGAUUCUACUGGGGCUAAAGGGACUCGGUUAAAGGAAGGCGCAAACAUUAAUAAAAGUCUUACCACCUUAGGAAAAGUCAUAUCUGCAUUAGCAGAAAUUUCGGCGUCAAAGUCGAAAAAAUCUAAGAAAGCAGAUUUUAUACCGUAUAGAGAUUCGGUUUUGACAUGGCUCCUCCGGGAAAACUUGGGGGGUAAUAGUAAAACUGCCAUGAUAGCAGCAAUCUCGCCCGCUGACAUAAAUUAUGACGAAACGUUGUCCACCUUAAGAUAUGCGGACAGGGCCAAACAGAUUGUAUGCAAGGCUGUUAUCAAUGAGGACGCUAAUGCUAAAUUAAUUAGGGAGCUCAAAGAAGAGAUCGCCAAGCUGCGUGAACUUCUUAAGAACGAGGGCAUCGACGUUCAUGAAGGCCCUGAUGGUAAAGUAAUUUAUGAAAAGAAAGAAAUUCCCAGAAUCCAAGAAAUCAAUAAGAACAUUGACAGUAAACCGACUUCUGAAGGGCGUUCAAGAAACGCCUCGACGUCAAUUGCUGAAGAAGCUGUAGAUCAGCUACAAGCUAGCGAGAAGCUUAUCGCAGAGUUAAAUGAGACUUGGGAAGAAAAACUCAAGAAAACUGAGGAGAUCCGUGUACAAAGGGAAGCUGUCUUCGCAGAAAUGGGCGUGGCCGUGAAAGAAGACGGCAACACCGUUGGUGUCUUCUCGCCGAAGAAAACCCCUCAUUUGGUUAACCUUAACGAAGACCCGUUCAUGUCCGAAUGCCUAAUCUACUACAUCAAAGACGGCAUCACCAGAGUCGGUUCAUCUGAAGCUAACAUUCCUCAGGAUAUCCAAUUGUCAGGACCUCACAUAAAACCUGAACACUGUAUGUUCGAAAAUAAGGACGGAGUUAUCACUCUAGUUCCUUGUGCUGGGGCAACAACAUACGUCAAUGGACGAGAAAUGAAGGAGCCAACUGUGCUCAAAACCGGCUCAAGAGUAAUUGUGGGCAAGAAUCAUGUAUUCCGUUUCACACAACCCGAAGCCGCAAGACAACGUAGAGAAAAGAACAAAGACUUUACUAAAGAGGAUGAAAUGAACAGUAGUACGAUUACAGUGGAUGAGAACCAGGUCGACUGGAACUUUGCACAGAUCGAACUGCUCGAAAAACAGGGUAUAGAUCUUAAGGUCGAAAUGGAGAAACGUUUGAUGAAAAUGGAAGAAGAUUUCAGGAAGGAAAAAGAAACGGCAGAUCAACUCUUUGAAGAACAGAGAAAGAGUUACGAAGCGAGAAUAGAUGCUUUGCAGAAGCAGGUUGAAGAACAAAGUAUGACCAUGUCCAUGUACAGUUCAUAUACUCCGGAAGAUUUUAACAACGAGGAUGACAUUUUUGUGAAUCCUCUAUUUGACGCAGAGUGCAACUGGUCUGAACGAGAUUUUGAGCUAGCGGCCAUGGCAUGGAGGAAGUGGAAGCACCAUCAGUUCACUUCUUUACGCGAUGACUUGUGGGGUAACGCUAUCUUCCUAAAGGAAGCAAAUGCCAUCUCAGUAGAACUCAAGAAGAAGGUUCAGUUCCAAUUCACUUUGCUCACUGACACUUUGUACUCACCCCUUCCACCUGAUUUGCGCCCAUCCGUGGAAUGUGAUCAAGAUGGCGAAUGUCCCAUCGCCAAGACUAUAGUGGGAGUCGAGGUUCAGGACAUGAAGAAUGGUGCGACCCAUUAUUGGAGUUUAGAAAAAUUAAGACAGAGGUUGGAAUUAAUGCGCCUGGUUUACAAUGAAGAAAUUUUCGAAAUUCACGGUACCAUUGAUUUUGAAAUAGAACGAAAAUCAGCAUUAGCUCAUUGUUUUUCGUCAUGUCCUCAUUCAGUACAGCGUUUUUCAAUUUCAGCACUCAUACCAUCAAGACAAAGGUUAGAAUUAAUGAGGGAAAUGUAUCACAACGAGGCUGAAUUAUCUCCUACGUCUCCCGAUUACAACGUUGAAAGUCUCACUGGGGGAGACCCAUUUUAUGAUAGAUUUCCCUGGUUCAGAAUGGUCGGAAGGUCAUUCGUUUAUUUAAGUAAUUUGUUAUAUCCGGUUACCCUAAUCCAUAAAGUUGCCAUUGUUAAUGAGAAGGGUGACGUUCGAGGUUAUCUAAGGGUCGCAGUUCAGGCUGUUAAUGAGGAUGAUAAUGCUGAUCAAGUUGGCGUUAGACAAAGUGUUCGAAUUGCGUUUGAGUCGCCCAAAGGUAAGUUAAAUCGUUUCGGAAGAAUUGGAGAUUUGGAACACGAGAUUUUUACAGCUAUUAUUGACAAAAAUAUCCAUAAUCUCGACGAUCGUAUAAUUGAAGGUCACUGUAAUCUUGAUCCGAUUAAGAUUGACGAGUUGAUCGAAUGUGACGCAGAUUCUGGUAAAGGAGAUAGCUCUGUAGCAUCUGAUUUUAAAGAGGAAGAAAUUCCUGAUCAUCUUGGUGUUGGAAAAGAAUUUACAUUCAGGGUUACAGUUUUACAAGCUAUUGGUAUAUCAGCAGAAUACGCGGACGUGUUUUGUCAGUUCAACUUCCUACAUCGUCAUGAUGAGGCGUUUUCAACAGAGCCAGUCAAGAAUACUGGCAAAGGAACACCUCUUGGUUUUUAUCAUGUUCAAAACAUUACCGUACCCGUUACAAAAACGUUCAUUGAAUACAUCAAAUCUCAGCCCGUCGUUUUCGAAGUUUUCGGUCAUUAUCAGCAACAUCCUUUGCAUAAAGAUGCCAAGUUGGAGGGUACCGUCAGGCAGCCUCCCCGGAGAAUGCAACCACCUUCCAUUCCAAUCUCUCAACCCGUUCGAUCGAGCAAAUUUGGAGCCCUACCGUCUCCGUGUACUGCUCAUAUACAUGCUAAGGUUGAUGUUCUGGUUUGGUUUGAAAUAUGUGAACUUGCUCCUAAUGGAGAGUAUGUUCCAUCAGUAGUCGAACACAGUGACGAAUUACCUUGCAGAGGUCUAUUUUUACUCCAUCAGGGCAUCCAACGUCGAAUUAGGAUCACAAUCGUUCAUGACGAUUCAGCUGAGUUACGUUGGAGAGAUGUGAGAGAACUAGUUGUUGGAAGAAUACGAAAUACUCCUGAAUCUGAUGAGGAUGAAGACAACGACAAUUCCGUAUUGUCCUUGGGAUUGUUCCCAGGGGAAUAUUUAGAAAUACCUGGUGAUAACAGGACGAUGUUCAGGUUCGAAGCAGCCUGGGAUAGUUCCUUGCACAAUUCGCCUUUACUUAACAGGGUUACGUCACCUGGCGAGCAAAUAUUCAUGACGAUAUCGGCAUAUUUGGAGCUCGAAAAUUGUGGUAGACCAGCCAUAAUAACAAAAGAUCUGAGUAUGGUCAUUUAUGGGCGCGAUGCUCGAAUUGGACCUCGCUCUCUGAAACACUUGUUCUCUGGAAGUUACAGGAACGCAGAAGCAAAUCGUUUAACCGGAGUGUACGAACUUCUAUUAAGAAGAGCUAAUGAAGCAGGUAGUCCAGGAGUUCAGCGUCGCCAGAGGAGAGUGCUGGACACCAGUUCGACUUAUGUCAGAGGUGAAGAAAAUUUGCACGGUUGGAGGCCACACGGUGAUUCGCUUAUCUUCGAUCACCAAUGGGAAUUAGAAAAAUUAACUCGUUUGGAAGAAGUUGAAAGAGUCAGGCACAUUUUAUUGUUGAGGGAGCGACUUGGACUGGACAAAUACAACAAUCAGAUCAAGACGAAACAACCUGAAUAUACGAAGAGUGAAAAGGAGGUGUGCAAUAUGGUGGCCAAAACUGGAAACAUCAAUAUUAGAGCCAAUAACGACUCUACUGAGUACAGCGAACGGGAGAAGAAUCUUCUUCUUAAGUGCAUUCGUCUCAUUCAAGGGAAAGUACGCGAUUCGAAUACGAAGGAAACGGAAAUCACAAGUCCAUCUGAAGAUGUUACCGACAUGAGCACUAGUUUGAUGUCUAGCAUGGUUUCUGGAUGCUCAACCGAAUUGUACUCACCCGAGAAAGUCGCUUUGCCAGGGGAGUGUGCACCUUUUCCAACUGCUCCCGCGUCACCUUCGUGUGGACUGAAGGAUCCCGGUUUGGUUCUGUACGUUCCUGAUAUGGAAGAAAUCCGAAUCUCCCCGGUUAUCGCCAGGAAAGGUUAUUUGAAUGUAAUAGAAAACAAGUCUCAUGGAUGGAAAAAGCGAUGGGUGGCUGUACGUCGGCCCUACGUUUUCAUAUUCCGAGAUGAAAAGGAUCCUGUAGAAAGGGCUCUUAUUAACUUAGCCACAGCUCAAGUCGAAUUAUCCGAAGAUCAGAAUUCUCAAAACUACAAUCCCAACACGUUCAGCGUAGUCAGCAAACACAAAAGCUACAUGCUCCAGACGUUGAACGAAAAAGAUGUUCACGACUGGCUCUACGCCAUCAACCCGCUGUUAGCUGGACAAAUACGUUCGAAAUCGGCCAGACGUAAUCCCAAUAAUGCCAAUGAUCAGAACCAAAACUUACAGACCGGCACCAACAGCAUCAAGGAUUUUAGUGGAAGAAGCAAGCGUCGUUUCUAUUUCAAGUAUAUUCGUGUUUGUUUAUUCACUAAACGUCACCACAGCAGCUCUUAAAAAUUCGCGACUUUUUGGCUGGAAUUACUAAGUGUCUGUCAUUAGAAUAAUGUUAAAAAAAUCCUUCUCAGUGUGACAUUUAACGAACAAAAAAAAAACAUGCACUUUUGACAAAUACGUCGUCUCCCUCUAGUUUCAUUUUGAUGCAUCCCUACUUCCCUAAAAGUGUAUUUGUAUAUAUACAGCCCUUAUUGUUCGUUAUUUAUUGUAUGUCUAAUUUUUAUUCUAUUAUUUAUUUAUUUUAAUUUUUGGUUAUGAUACGUCACUGUGAUAUUUUUUCUGUAAAAGAAGCAUUGAAAAAUUGCAAAAUUAGGAAUCUAUACGAAUAAAUGCGUUAAAAUUU